CACCAUACCCAAAACUCGGUCCAAAAUGUGCUUACGUUUCGUGCGGCAUGCAACGUCAUCUGUCGAAAGGAAAAGAAUACGCUGUGAGACGUCAAGAGAAAGUCAGGGUGCAGAAGACGGACUUAGGCGCAAUCCCCGCACUUCUUUGGACACGGAAUUGCAUGCCGCCACCAUCUCGACAUGACAUGAACAAUUCCUUCCAAGAUGCCACGACAGACCAGCGACGACGAUGAUGAGCCUCUCGAGGACAAGACGGCCGCCCUCUCUCUACGCUCGAAGCGGACUGAGCGCAUGCAGCGCCGAAAAGUGGUGCGCGACAAGAAGCGUGACGCCAUUGUCAAUCUCACCAAGCUGCCCACCGAGCUCAUUCUCGAGAGCCUUAAUUACCUGCAACCCCGCGAUGUUUUCAAUUUCAGCAUUGUGAACCACCGGUUCCUCGGUCUCGUCAACGCAAACGCAAACGUCAUUGGCGCUGCCAUCAUCAGGCGGCGAUACACCAUCCUGGCGCAAUGUUUCCCUACGCCCAAACUGCUAGCACAUGUCGAGCCGUCUAUCUGUGAGCUGCUUCAGAACCCAAAUCGGCAGAAGCAGCUCAACAUACACAACCGGCCAUAUCAGCACAUCCAGUCGCCCGAUGCGCAGCAGCUCUGCACGUGUCUAACAUGCAUCUUGACCUGGAACAACUUGUGCCUAGUACUUGAUUUUGCGCGUUGGCAGACGAAUCUCGAUACAGGAACGCCCAUAACUAUCAUACCGCGCGGGCAGACCGAGGAGUGGAACACCGAGCUCGUCGCACGCAACGCGAGAAUCGCCCGAAAAGCAGUCGAGCACCCGCUGUGGCAUGCGCGCAUAUUGGAAGUGCAUUUGGACAGCACCAUACGCUCGAUACGACGACACGGGAAGAACAAGGGCAACAAAAGAACGCAUGUUGCUAUGACGGAGGAAGAUGCCGCAUCAGGCACAGACGCGUUCUUAGUUAAGCACGGGCCUCCCAGUCUGGAGUUCCCCUACCAACGAGACGAAUACUACAUGCUCGAGGCGUAUUUGCCGAAUCGCUGGUGGAAGAAGUUUGAGGGAAAAUGGGUAUACACGAUAAUUGGUCAGCAUGAGCGGGAUCUGGAGCUUGUUCAGCGCCUUUCUAAACGGUGAACGAAUGCUACCUUUGCUCAAGUAAACAGCCCCGUCUACGUGUUCUGUCCUUGUAAACCAUAUUAGACUAGGACAUGAAAGUUAAUCGACAAGCCAAUCCUCCGUGCACGCCGGUAUUGUCGUGACGAGCAAACUAAUAUACCCGACGCCCUGGUCCGCAUCCCUUGUUGGGCAAUUUGUUGGUUCAUCUGUCAAUGCCAAUGUAAGGCCUCCCAGGCCCACAAACUCUCAAAAUUAUAGAAUUCGUUAGCUCCGUCAUAUUGUGGAUACACGAGAGCGAAGGACUCGGGAUCCACCUGUUCUG